AUGCUUAAUUCAAUUGAGUGUUUUAUUGAAGUACUGUAAUUACAAUAACCUUACGAUGGUCUAGUUUCAGAAAUAUAACAAUUUUUAGAUUUCGACAUGAACAAUGUGUUACAAUAAGAUUAAAGAAAGAUAGUAUAAGAUCCAAUGUAUUAAAUUAUCACUACUACCUAUUAGAUUGUUAAUCAAUUGGUUUAAUUAAAUUGAAGAUCAUUUAUCAAUUAAAUAAGAUGAAAAUGAUACUUACAUUACUCCUAUUAUUUAAGUUUAAGUAAUGUUAAUCAAUUCUUUUAUUUGCAUUUCAAACUAAAAUUUACUUUAAGAAUAUUUUUAUCUCUUUGAGGUUUUAUAAAAAAAAAUAUUAUACCUUAAGAUCUAUUCACCAAAUGAACUCACAUUAACUGCUUUAGAAUAAUGCAAUAAAUUUUAAUAGUCCAUAGAUUGUAACAAAAUCUCAUAAAUUAGUAUGUUGCUUUACUAAAUUAAUUAAUUCAAUUCAAGUGAAAAAAUAGAUCAAUUUUAUUAAUACAUCAUUAAAUUUGACUAAAAAAAACAUAAAUUAGUUGAUUCAUAAGCUAACUUAAUUUUAUAUUCCUAUUAUCUAAUCUUAUAAUAAUGUUGUUAAUUAGUUCAAGAAAACUAAAAUCUUGAAACUGUUAUUUAUAUAUGUCUUAAUAUAAAAGAAGAACUCAAAAAAUCAGAUCAUAAUUACCUAAAUCAAUGUAAUUAGUGUAUCUUAUUAUCAUACUAUAAAUUAAAUAAAAUUAAUGAUUUCAUUCAAUAUAGUAAACAAUAUGAUUUAUAAAAAACUACUCCACUUGAAAUCUAAUUACUUGUAUUGAUUGUUAAAUUUAAAGAACUCUCUACAGAAAUUGAUUUUGAAAAAGUCAAAAAUUAAGUUAAUAAAAUGUUUUAAUAAUUUCUAGAUAACAAUUUAAUGCAUUCUGUUACUGAUAUUUUGAUUCUGCUUAAAGAAUUGAGUCAAAAUAUUUCUUAAUAUACAAUCAAUUUCUUACUCAUUUAUUAAUGGUUUCAAUUCAAAUAUAAUUUAAUCCUUAGAGCUUCUAAUUAAUAAAAUAUAAUGAAAAUAAUUAAAGAUAUUAGUUAGAUGCUUCUAGACUUUCCUUAAUUAUUGAAUAUAAAUAAUUUCUAUAAGGAUCAAAUUGAAAUUUUGAAUAUUCAUCUUAUAGAAAAUGUCAUAGAUCUAUGUUAAUUGAUAUUUACUAUUGUAUAACACAUUGCAAAAUACUAAGAAGUUUGUUUAGAUGAUUUUUUUUAAAUGAUACUAUUAAUAAUUCCUCAUUUUGCUAAUGAUACGAGGUUAACUAAAUAAUUUGGAUCAUUAAUCACUUUAUUAUCGAAUCUUAAAAUUAAAGAAACUUAAAUUUUGUAACAUUUAGCUAUGUUCUUAAAUUUAGAAUUUGGUAUAUUACCAUAAACUUAAACAAUAUUAUUUUAAAAUUUAUUAAAAAAUUAUAAGUCAGGGAUUAUUACUGGAACUUUGUUAUUUUUAAAAGAAUUCCUUAGUAAUAAUAAAUAAGAAAAUAGAUUGAAUCUAUGUAAAUAAUUAAAAUCACUUCUCGAAGAAUCAUAUUAAUUAAUAGAUUCAAAUUCAUGUCUGUUUUAUGCAAUUUUAGAAUCUUGUAUAAGAAAUUAAUAAAUAUAUUAUUAUUAGACUGUAAUAAACUUUUUUGUAGAAUAUCAACCUUCCUUAGAUUAACACAUGUAUUAUUUCUUAUUGAAUUUUAUUGAGAAAUGCAUUAAAUAAAAUGAUCCUGAAAAUGUUGAUCAAUUAUAUUAAUAACUUUAUCAGUAUAUAGCUUAAAAAAAGAGUCUCUCAAUUGAUCUAUGCAAGUAAUCAUAUAAUAUGUGUACAUUUUAACCUUCAUCUUUGGCAAAAUAAUUAGUUAAACUUCAUACAUUUUUUAUGAUUUCAGUUUAAAUGGACACAUGCACAAUAUAAUUCAUAAAAGAUACAGUUUUAGGAAAUAAUCAAUAUAAAUAUUAAUGGAAAGUUGAAAAUAAUAAGUCUUUAUUUAUUAUUGUUUCUGAAAUUUUAGAAUAGAUAUCACCUGAAUCAGAAUUUAAAUUAGAAUUAAUAAAUAUUAAACAUCUUUUUGAAUUGCUAUUUUAUCUAAUAGAAUAAAAUACUAAGAUGGAAGUUAAUAAUGUAAUUCCCUAUUCUUUGAGAUAAAUUAUAAAAAUGGCUUAUAACUAUAAGUUAGAUGAAGUAAUCUAUAUUUUAAUUGUAGUUUGUAUGUAAAAUAUUGCUAAUUUCAUUCAAUCAUGAGAAUUUGUUUUUGUUUCUUCUUCUAGAAUUGUAAUCUUAUGAAGGAAAUAGAUAAUUGAUGAUAUUAAAGAAAUUUAUAUAUGAAUAAUAGAUACCAUUAUAUGGAUACCUAUUGGUAAUCUGUUAGAUUGUUGAAUCAAGUGAUACAUUAGAAACUAUAUUAGAGAUAUUACCAUAAUUAAACUAGUAUUUAUAAUAUAUUAUAUAUAAUAUAUAGAAUUCUAAGAACAACUCCAAUAGAUGAAAAUUUGAAAUAAUUCACUCAAUUAUUAUUUUUGAAAUUGUCUGCUUUAAAAGAAUAUGUUCCAAUUGGUAAAAUUGAUAUGAUUUGUUAAUCAAUUAGUUUAUUAUCUAUAUGA